CAAUUUGUAAUCAUCUUCGCAAAAUUAUGCAGAGCGAUCGCGGCUCUCCAUUUUAUCGAAAAUUGUACGUUACUGAUGCUGAAAUAGCAGCACAUGCGCUCGAAAACCCGGCCCGAAUCCCAACCCAACAGUACUCUGAAAUCUGAAUCAGAGUAUAGCCACUAUAGCUAUAGCCCUAUAGUAUAGCCCACGAUCCCACGCUGGCCACGCUGGCUGGAGCUGGAGCACUGGACACUGCUGGACACCAGUUCAUGAACUAUCGAUAAAUUGAAUUUGCUCGUCGAGAAGUUUACAUUUUUAAGGAAGCCUCCGCGGAGCGUGUGCCUGGCAAGUGGUUUCGUCACUCCAGUGAUUCUUUAGCGUCCGAUUCCAUUAUUAUCACAGUUCUCCGUGUUUAUCUAAGUAGUGGAGAAGAAAUAAAUGUGCCCUUCAAGAAGUACUGAUCGAGCCUUGCGAAGGCUACCCGAGGUUAUGAAUAUUUAGCAUUAGGAGACGACUUGAUCAGAGUGAUAUUGAAACUCAAAGUGAUUUGGCAUUAUCCGCGGCAAAAAUGACAGUUAUGGAUUUUUUCGGUUGUGCCUUUUUGGCUUUUGGCCCGCCGUUAGCUAUGUUUACUUUCACUAUCGCAGUUCAGCCUAUUCGAAUUAUUAUACUAGUAGCCAGUGCCUUCUUUUGGCUCAUUUCUCUGUUAUUAUCAUCGGUGCUUUGGUAUGCCGUCGUUCCACUGCAAAACCACCUCGCUUUCGGACUCGUUUUCUCCGUAUUAUUUCAAGAAGCAUUUAGGUAUCUCUUGUAUUGGGUUCUGAGGAAAGCAGAAAGAGGGUUAGACAAAGUGACAACAACACAUGUGGCAGAUAGCAGACAUGUGUUUGCAUACGUGUGUGGUUUAGGCUUUGGUUUUAUGAGCGGUGCCUUCGCUCUAGUCAAUGUCUUGGCUGAUGCAGUUGGACCUGGAACUAUGGGACUUAGACAAGGCUCGGAGUACUUCUUUGUAAUAUCAGCAGCGACGACUCUCUGCUUUGUCUUGCUGCAUACAUUUUGGGGUGUCGUAUUUUUUGCUGCCCUGGAUAGAAAAAAUUGGGGACAAGUUUUUUGGGUGGUUGCUUCACACUUGUUUGUGUCAUGUAUGACAUUGUUGAACAUGUAUCAAGCUUACGUAGCCACCACCUUAUCAGCUUACGUGGUUCUGAUAAUAACAACGGCACUUGCAUUCAAAGUGGCAGGUGGCAGGGUCCAAACUGUACCACACUGCUUUUCAAGGCAGUGAAUAAAGUAAAAGCUUUUAACGUAAUUGUGUUUAACAGAGAUGGACGUUGCAAAACGAUGAUGCUUUCUUAAGUGUUAGACCCUAAAGAGAUUGUUCACUGCUCUGAUAUAAGUGUAAGAAUUAAUGGUGUUCGAUAUAAAUAAAAAACCUGUAAUGAUCGGAAUGUAUACUUACAUACUUCUACACUUGACCAAAACAAGUAGACACAUUUGUUGAGUGUAUCAGUAUUAUUUAUCUCUCAAUGAUAAUCUCUGAAUCAUAUAUUAACAUUCGCGGUUCGAUUAUGUUUCAACGAGAUUUGAAUAAAAAAUUUACUGUAUUUUAUACGUUCUAGCAUGGAAUUUGUUGGUCAAGCUGCUAGUCCGUCCCUUAACCCAUUGAAACGAUUGUAUAACUCAAUGUUUCGAAUCACAAUCAAAUCGUGUAAAUGUACGACACCCUCAAGUAUUGCGAUAAGUACGAAAUCCACAUGUGGAUUAUAAAUGUAUAUAUGUAAGAAUCUGUGUAUCCAUAUGUAAUGUAAGUACAUGUUUCAUUAAACAAACAAGAGAUAAA